ACUUAUUGGAGAUAAGCGAGCACCGGGUUGGACCGAAGGUGACCACAGGUGGACAAUGACAGCUACAACGUCGUCAGCAGGUGCUUUCCCCUGCUUGCCUGCUUGCCAUCCCUUUGUCUUCGCAGUCCUCCUUCCUUCGAGUCCUGGAGACGGCGCCUGGGCGGCAGCGGCGUGUCGUGCAGUGUUGGGGCGAAAAUACCGGAACAUAUUGGAAGCUGCAUUAGUUUCGGAAGCUUCGAGACCGAAACACAACGCCCCCAGCGCUGACGACGGGGGACAAAAUACUUCGCAAUAAUUGGGGGUGUGAUGUAGUGAUAGCGUAAGCUGGCAAAACGACUUCAUCUACAAGACAAGGUGUUUUCAAGACUCGACGUCCCACCUGUUUACGCACCCGCUCCGCCCACCCCGCAAACGUCAAAAUCGUCUUGACCGUGACGGAACCGGAAACCCAAAGGAAACUUGACCGUCGUCACGAGUUAGCCUGUAGUCUGCUGUUAACGGAUUUCGGUCGAAAGUCUUCGGUCUUCGUAUGCCUUUCCUGAACAGUUCGCACUGACCGGUCAUGCUGAUACGAUUGUCGAUUCUGUUGGUGACCUGCGCCUUCUCGUUGGCGGCGGAAGUCCGCGUUGUCGACAAAACGGAAGACAGUCCUUUCCCCAAGUGGCUGAUCGAGAUGGGCAGUCGCGUCAACGAAUCGGACACAGCCAUCUACAGCACCCGAAGGCCACGCGUCACAGGAAAGGUGAGGGGAGGCACAAUAUGCCUCAACACCGAAGAGUGUGGCGUAGGCAAGUGCUGUCUACGGCGGGGUAAGGACCCCCGACGGAAAUGCAGACGCUUUCAGCGCAUCGGCCAGCGAUGCACCGACGACCAGAUGAUGGGCGGCUACUAUCAGAACUACUGUCCCUGCAACAGGCACUCCAUCUGCUCGGUGGUCGGCCACGUCCUCAAGUGCGUCAAGAGACAACCGACACAGCGACCGGCACCGCAAGGUCCUCAACCGACCCCGCCGCGUGAGGAGAAGGAGAGCAAAGAGAGCGAGGAGAUAUCGACACGACCGGGGACGCCUCCGAAGAACCCGACCUUCAACCAGACCAAGCUCGACUUUCCGGAAAUACCAGAGUUCUUCAAGACUUUCGGUACCUCAGAUACGUUGCCGUUUCCAAACGAAGAAGAAGGAGGAGGCGGUGAGGAAGGAGGCGAAGAAGAAGAGGAGGCUGGGAGACAGGGUGAGGACCUGCCCGAGGACAUAAAUGAAGGAGGAAGGGCAGCACAGCCGCAGGAACCGCCAGAGGACUCCGACGAGAAUGAGGUGUCUACACGGGGCUCUACUCGGAGCCCAGGCGCUCGCCGUACUUAGCAACCAAGUUCUUACGUGUCAAGAGGUAGUCGUAGCAACCAAAUACACGCGACGCAUUCUAGUGUGGGUCCUACUGCAGCGGCUAGGCUUCCCAGGCACAAUAUUCCUGGCCUGCCACCACCUCCGGUAAAAUGCUUCUUGGCAGCGAUGGACGAGGCAUGCGUAGCUUGCUUUUAAUCACGACUGACAGUUAAUGGCUUAGUUUCUGGUAAUAAGGCAGGUGGUAUUAAAUUGACGCGUAGCCAGAAAUUUUAUUCAGAAGAAGGUGGGGGGCGUAGCCAAUGUGUGCCACUGGUAUUGAAGGGUCAAAUUAAUGCUUCUGGGGGCCUAUUGGUGGAAGUACGUCAUUUUUGCUGUUAGGACCCGUAGACAUUGCUUCAGCUGGGAAGGGCCUUGAUCAGAGGAACUCUUGGUCACUAUACCCGCAACCGUCCCGCACUGCCUCUCACAAACAACUGCUUGCGUAAACGAGCUUGAGGAUAUAUAGGAUUAAGAUAUUUGAGGCAAGUGUAGGCAUCCCUUCACAUUGUUCCCAUGCCGUAACUUACGGAGCAAUACCUGCCUCCGCCCUGAAUACCUGGUCCCUAGAUUUCCUCAAGCGAAUCAAUGUGAGAUGCUAUUCAACCAUAAGGCCUCCCGUAGUCUUCCAUACGUCCUGAAGAGUUUCUUUUUGGCGCUGCCUCAAGCUCGUAUUGUGCGAAAGGCAAGGAGCUGGCCCUGCUCUGGGAAACAGCACACGACUUCAAAUUACGCGUUAAAAAUAGUUGUAGGUGUAAUAGUGCUAUUGUGGCUCAAUGUGUGUGAGACAACGCAGUUUGUUAGGUUGAACUUGUUUGAAUUAAACAGUUUAUAUUAGAAGUUGAA